ACAAGUUUGUCCUGUUUAAGGCUGUUUGAGUCCAUUUGAGUGCUUACAGACUCUUCUUGUGAAAUGAAAGAUUAUUCUUGUCAAAGAACAGUGAGAAAUGAAACCACUUCCUGUCUAGACUUAACACUUUUGAAGAUGUUAAUAAACAUUUCACAUGCAAUUUAGCUCAUCUGUGAAGACGUACUGGUCAACACAGUGGCAAUGGAUUUAGAGGCUAUUUAUGAAACUGUUGAACGCAGAGAUAUUGAAAACACAACUGGACCUCAAUCUCAGAGUCACGGCCAGGAUGAAGGAAAAGAUCUAAAGCACAGAGGAAGUAGAUGUUUGGGGUUGAUCACAGUGGGUCUCGGGCUCAUUAGUGUUCUUCUGGUGGUCUUCAACAUGCUGCAGCACAUCACCAUCACAACGGAAAGAGAUCUGACAAAUAAUUACAAGAACACUCUUGAAGAGUUUAAUCAAACCAUCAAGAGUUUACAGGACAAUUACACUGAUCUAAUGACUAAAAAACACCAACUGCAGAACAACUUCAGCUCUUUAAGUCAGAAGAACCUGGAACAGGAGACGAGAGUCAGAGAUCUCACUGCUAAGAAAACCCAGUUACAGAGAAAUGUUGAUUCUUUAAGUCAGAAGAACCUGGAACAGGAAAACAGAGUCAGAGAUCUCACUGCUGCGAAAACCCAGUUACAGAGAAAUGUUGAAUCUUUGAGUCAGAAGAAACAGGACCUGGAGACCAGAGUCGCUUCUCUGAGUUGGUUCUUCAUGUCCACUGAGUUGAGCUGGUCUGCCAGCAGACAGUACUGCAAGAAUCAUGGUGCUGAUCUGGUCAUUAUCAACACUGAAGAGAAGCAGAGGUUCAUAUCCUCAUUAGUAAGUGAGAGAGUGUGGAUUGGUUUGUCUGACACAGAGAACGAGGGCACCAUGAAAUGGGUGGAUAAUUCAGCAUUAAAACAAGGGUUUUGGAUCAAAGGUGAGCCAAACAACUACGGUGGCACUGAAGACUGUAUUGAACUGAAUUACAAUAGAAUGCAGAAGGAAUGGUCACCACUGAAAAGCUGGAAUGAUAUUUCAUGUUCUGAAACCAAAAAAGGGAUUUGUGAGAAAUAG